UUAGGAAAAUAACAUUUCCCUAGAAUGUUUCAGUCGUAUCAUGAUUCUAACAAUGAGCUCGUUUCGUUGCGGUUUUAUGUUCGAAAUAUCGAAAUGAGCAACGUCGUGGCUCGCUUACAUCUAUCGCGGUUUCAGGGCAUUAACGUGAACGGUUUGGAAACGGGUAUUCGAGGUGCGUGUACAAAAAAUGUGAAGCAAUAGCGUAAGAAACGUUGCGUUACAUAUGUAUGUAAACAUUACGCAAUACUAGCGGUUUCCAGGGGAAACGUAUCCGACGAGGCACCGCGAAAUUGUAAAUCGUGUCGCGUGAACGCGGUUACGGUAUUUAGGAAAGUGACACGGUUUUAUUGCGAGUGGUGAGCGAGUUCUCUGUGGGAAGCCAGCGACCGUGUGUUAUCACGGCUGGAGAUUUUCCGCGUGAAAUGUCAAAAUGGCGUCUUCGCAGGACGCUUGGUAUCUGUCGUUGUUAGGACUAGCAGAAAACUUUCGGACUUCGAAUCCGCCGAAUAUUAAAUCGUGCAUACAGUGUUUGCAAGCGGUAUUCAAUUUUAAACCGCCUCCGAGGGUCGAGGCGCGUACUCAUCUUCAGCUUGGUAACAUCCUCCUCACGCAUACCAAAAACAUCGAUUUGGCGCGAUCUCAUUUAGAACAAGCGUGGCGGCUGAGUCAGAAUAUAAACACCUUCGAUGAUGUUAAGUUCGAAGCAGCAAGCGUAGUCGCAGAGCUCUACGAACAGCAGCAACAACCAAAUCUCAGUAAACCGAUACUGCGGAAAGCUAUCGAACUCUCGCAGCACAAUGUAUAUUGGCACUGCAGACUUAUUUUCCAACUUGCACAAAUACACGCGUCGGAAAAAGAUUUCGUCGCUGCCAGUAGUCUACUCGCAGUAGGUGUCGAUUACUCCCAUAUCAGCAACGCGAGUUACACGCGAGUUCUGUUCUUACUGAGUCGAUGUAUGCUUUUAUUGAUAGACAAAAAAUUUACCGAGGUUCAUCCCCUGUUAAACUCGGCGGGACACCAUGUCGAAAAUUGGCAAGGUAGCCCGCACCAAAAAGAAUAUUUAAAAGUAUAUUUUUUGGUACUACAAGUUUGUCAUUACUUGAUGGCAGGUCAGGUCAAAAGCGUGAAGCCUUGUUUAAAACAAUUACAACAGAGUAUACAGACUAUAAUGUCUCCGAGUUGGCCGGCGGAUGAAAUAGUCACUGGUUCGAAUAUCGGGGAUAUGUUUAUAUGGAUGCCAAAGGACCAUUUAUACGUUUUGGUUUAUCUAGUAACAGUUAUGCAUUCUAUGCAAGCCGGUUACAUGGAAAAGGCUCAAAAAUAUACAGACAAAGCGUUAACUCAAAUUGAAAAACUCAAAAUUGUAGACAACAAACCUAUACUAUCCGUUUUUCAACUAAUGUUGUUGGAACAUAUAGUGAUGUGUCGGCUCGUGAUGGGAAAUAAGAGCGUGGCUCUCGCAGAAAUUUCUCAAGCUUGCCAGCUUUGUAGGAGACAGCCAAGGUUACUUCAAGGUCAUAGACCACAAUUGCACGCUUUGUUAGGAUUAUACGCGAUGUCAAUGAAUUGCAUGGAAGCUGCGGAAGCUCAAUUCACGGCUGCUCUCAGAACGUCGCAAGAAAGAGAACUUUGGACAUUUGCGAAUUUAAACCUGGCGAUAGUAUAUCUUAGAACUAAAAGGGAUGCGGAAUUAGGCGCAUUACUCGAACGAAUUAAUCCUGAAUCCUUACCGUCUCAUUCGCAUUCUUUGAGAGCAGCAGCAUAUUACGUGCAGGGAUUGCAAGCGUUUUUUGGAGCUAGAUACAAUGAAGCAAAGAGAUACCUCAGGGAAACAUUGAAGAUGGCUAACUCCGAAGAUUUGAACAGACUCACUUCGUGUAGCCUCGUACUUUUAGGACACAUAUUUCUUUCUUUAGGGAAUAGCAGAGAAUCUAUGAACAUGGUUACACCUGCGAUGCAGUUAGCUUCUAAAAUACCUGAUGUUCACGUACAAUUAUGGGCUACCGCUAUACUCAAAGAUCUUUACAGAAUUUGUGGAGAUCCGAAUCGCGAAAGCGAAGCAUAUCAAAUGCACUGCAGUUUCUCGCAAACGCUCUUGAAAGAUCACUUUCAAAGUACACAAAUGGGCGAGCAUUCUCUCAUACAGUGGACCGAUGGACCCGUGCCUGCCUUACCAAGUAAUCCGCCACCUUCCACGUCGCAAGCCAUUCUUUAAUAAUAUCAAGAACUCCUAUACUUUACGUAUUCGAAAUUUGUAAAAUAUUUGACGAAGUACAGAAAAUAUACUAGGUUUGUACAAUCGCGUUGUCCAAGUGCAGAAUGAAAAAUAAAAUGCGACGUAUUGAUAGAGAGAGGAGCACAUGAGCUCUUUAAACGGUGAAUAAAAUCGAUUAUCGUAUUGCGAGAAUAAAUUUAAUUGUUUAGCAUGGGUAUUGAUCGAUAUCCAAACAUGCUGUUUGUCAUUCGAAUAUUUUUAAACGUUUGCGAAGUUUACGAAGACAGAGUGGGUAAAUUUUUAUUCGCGAGGCACGAAUAAAGUUUUAUCCGAAUAAAAGUUUAUACGUGGGUUCUUUAUUGCGUUAAGAUUUAUUUGGGAGUCUUUUUAUUAAGAAAAAAAAAGUGAAAAUUAUUCAGUGAAACCUUGAUUUAUCACCGACAAGCAAUGCGAAUAACGACUAUUCGGGUAAUUUAUUCGAAUAAUGCCCAUCUCUGUAUAAAGGUUAUAUAUGUAUAGGUUUGUACAAACAACUUAUCGUAGCUGUUUUCUAUGUCACGGAGGGACGCAAAAGGUGAACAUAUGUACAGAACUUUGAUAUAUUUUAUUAUUUUGUACAUUGUAAAUUAUCUGAAACGCGUUUUUUUUCCGUAAGUGUACAUUUACAAAGCAGAAAAAAAACGAGAAAACAAACUAUAGCCCGGAGUAGCGCAUGAAAAUGUAGGCGCAUUUCUUCAACGUAUUCAUCACAUCAUCGCACAAAGACUUUAUUUUUAAUGCAAUUUUAUCUUUAAUUUAUAUUGUAAACCUAAAUUUCGUUGUAACAAGAGUUAGGGAUACACGUUCAUCUUACUUAUAUCAAAGAGUAUAUUUGAACAUAUGUCGACGAAUGUUGAGAAAUUGCGUUUUCUACGAAAGAUAACUUUCAUCACUUGGUUUUUUUUCUACGUCUCGGUUGCUCUCUACGAAAGAUGUAUCUGUGUACGAUAUCCCGAAAAAGUAGAUAAAAAGAGUAAUAUUAAUAUUUUACGUUGUACGUUGACUGUAUUAAAAUAUUUUUUUCAAUUUUUAAGUGGCACGUCUUUAGGUUUAACGCAUUGGCAAGUAUGUCUUCGAUUAGGCUUCGAACUGAGACUGAUCAAAUUUAUUACAGCACGAAAAUACGAUACGCGUAAAUAUGUCGAACACUUAUCCGAAAAGUCAAACUCAAACAAGUUUCAAAACGUCUUGCGUAAGAGAUGCGAAUCAUUAAAAAAAUGUUACAGUAAAUUAUCAACAGGUUAUCGAUUAUAUGUCUGACAUACAGGGCUCAUUCAAUGACCAAUGUAGACGUUUAAAAUUUGGGCUGUGGAUACGACAAAAAUACAGUAUAUCCGUAAAAGUGUACUCUUGUAUAUGGAAAGAUGAAAUAGUAGGUACAACAGGUUGCAGGAUGUUUCGAAAAAAAAAGUCGUACGUAUCGUGUCGUACGGUACGUGUCGAUUGUUGUGUUUUUAUUAAACAGUGUAUGUAUGUAAUGUAUAAUUAAAAUAAAACGCAAUCGUACGUAGUA